AAAAUACUGGAUUUUAUUAUAUGUUGUCAUUUGAUAAAUCCAAAAGACUGGAUUUAGAAACCGUAAAACACAGUGGGCACACCAGAAAUGCAUGGCCUCUCAUUUCUGCUACCUUCAACGAUCCACGUGGCAGCAGUAUAUUCUUAAAACGGAAAAAAAACAAACAAACAACAAAAUUAAUCAUAAAAAGCACGAAGCUUUACAUGGUCUGUUAGUCGUUGGUUGUUCAAUCUUGGGUCUUCAGCUCCGGUCGUUCUCAUGCUUCCAGUUCUAAGCACCGGAUUUUUAAUAGAUUUUUCUCUUUAAGGAGCACUCAAAGAGGUGCAUAAUUCCACGCAAAACUAAAGAGGACUCUGCCCUGCCUGCCUGCCUGCCUGCCUGCCUGCUAUCAUCCAAUGGGUUCGCUCGCUGUGAACUUUUGGCGGUCUACAGUAAACAAUGCCGCCUUUACAACCCCCUUGAGUUGGGGAAGCUCUAUCUUCAUCAGUGGGAAUUUUGUUGGCCUCUAUGAUGUGCAGAAGGUUUUAUCUGCCAAACCAUGCAGUGGAGUUGCAAUUAGCCCAAGAGCUUUUGCAAGUCGGAAUUCGGUGAAGAAAUCAAGGAGGGAUGGGGAAGCACGGAAAAGAGUAGCAGAUAAGAGCACUGCUACUGAAGAUGAUUAUGUUCAAAUUGACAACAAGGUGGACCCUUCUGAUAAUUUAGCUGCAGAGGAAUUGGUUGCAUUCCCUCCCAGAGGUGCUGUGCUUCAGGCUUGCACGGUUACUUCUGGGUUGAUAGCUGCUUUGGGUAUAAUAAUUCGACAGGCAUCUCAUGUUGCAUCAAUUGAAGGGUUGCCAGUCUUUGACUGCUCAUUGGACGUCUCAUUUGAUUUUGAGGUGUGGCAUCUUGAGUUGAUUACAGGAUUAGUUAUUGUGAUAUCAUUAUGCCGAUAUCUCCUGUUGAAGACAUGGCCAGAUUUUGCAGAAUCUAGCGAAGCGGCCAAUCAGCAGGUCCUAAGUUCACUUCAACCUUUAGAUUACAUAAUCGUCACGUUUUUGCCAGGGAUCAGUGAGGAACUUCUUUUCCGGGGUGCACUGCUACCACUUUUUGGAUCUAAUUGGAGGAGUGCCUUGGCUGUCGCUGUCAUUUUUGGUGUUCUACACCUGGGGAGUGGCCGAAAGUAUUCCUUCGCCAUUUGGGCAACUUUUGUUGGGCUUGUGUAUGGUUAUGCAACCAUCGUCUCCUCCAGCCUUAUCGUGCCAAUGGCUGCUCAUGCGGUGAACAAUUUGGUGGGAGGGAUAUUAUGGCGCUAUGGAUCAGAUUCACCGCAGCGGAUAUGAGAAGACUGCCACUGUCAUUUGCCAACAAGUGUACAUAAUUUGAUUUGACUUGGAAGCGGACAACUUCAAACUAGCUAGUGAAGUCAAUGUGAAAGUUGAUCAACCGUAUGUUUUUCUUUUUACAAACAAUAUUCUAAACUAUACUAAUUUACAUAGGCUUAUUUAUGUACAUGCCCUCUGUACUUUCAAAGUUGUCUCAGAUUACUACAUGUUCUUUGAAACGUCUCAAAAUGCCACCUACACUUUUAAUAACUGUCUCACGUUACCUAUUCCGUCAGUAUUAAGAGACGUUCCGUUAUGUGAUAGGUUUAUUGAGUAAUUUGGGGUCUGUGUUGGUGGUGGGUGGAGAUUUUUGGGAGAGAAAUCUUAUGAAGGCUGUUGUGAUGAGUGGGUGAGGCUUGGUUGUGGGUUCAAAGGUUGAGAGGGUGAAGAG